AUGGGAGAGGUAUCGACUCCUUUGAUGGCGGCGGAUAAUAUUAAAUUUGGGCCGGAGAGUAUCUACUACGUCGUGGAUGAUUCUGUAAAGGCGCGAACAAAUACUUACCGUGCAAAGAUAAUGGCGCUGGCUCAGUUUGCCCGGAAUGUAUUCGAUAGUACCGUGUUAGAGGGGGUUCGGCUAGAUAAGGAAGAAGCCAGGUCAAUUAUUUUUAAGCUUGGUGAAGCAAAGGCAAAGAAGGAUGCGCCAGGAAAGGGUUAA